AUGGCAAAGAAAGAGAAAGAGGACGAGGUAGAUUGUUCGAAUCUCAUAAUAAAGAUGAAGAAAGAAAGAUUUUUGACAAAUCCAAGGUAAAGUGUUUUAAUUUUCAAAAGAUGGGUCAUUUUGCUUCCGAGUGUUGUAGUGGGAAGAAGUAAAAGGAGAAGGAUGAGAAGGUGAAUCUUGUCAACACUAAGGAAAAGAGUGAAUCAACAUUACUCAUGGUAUUUUUUGAGAAAUUAGAAGUCAUUCUUCUCCAAGGCCAAAAUGGAGAUACCUCUACUUGUGACUUGUGGUAUCUUGAUACAAGUGCCACCAAUCAUAUGAUUGAAAAAAGGGACCUCUUUUGUCGUUUUGGCAAUAGUAGAACAAGGAGAGUAAAAUUUGGUGAUGAAUCAGACAUUAACAUCUAUAGCGAAGGGUCAAUUGUGGUGAAAUGUGCCAAUGAAGAGAACUUGGAAUUAAGCAAUGUCUUGUAUACACCUAAGCUACGCAUUAAUAUCUUGAGUCUUGGCCAACUCAAUAGAGAUGAAUGUAGCAUAAUUUGGAAAAUAAAAUUCUAGUAAUUCAUGAAUCUAAUAUAAAACUUUUGACCAAAGUGUGCAGAUCUCAUGACAUGCUAUAUCAACUGAAGUUGAAUAUAGUGAAAACCUGUUUAUUGACAAAGAAAGAAGAUGAAAUGAUUUGACUAUGAUAUUGACAUUUUAGGCACUUAAAUUUCAAGUCAUUAAUAUUUACAACUAAUCAGGUGACUAGGAUUACAUCUCUUUAAAAACCUAAAGAGAUAUGCUAGAGUUGUAUUGCUAGAAAGCAGCAAAGAAAGUCCUUUCCCUCACCAAAUUUCAAAGCCACGAAGCUUCAUGAGCUUGUUUAUGGAGAUAUUUGUGGCCCAUUACUCUAUCAACCCUUAGAGGGAGUAAGCACUUUUUUCUAAUCAUUGAUGAUUUUUUUAGGCUCAUGUUGGUUGCCAUGUUGAAGAACAAGUCAAAUGCUUUUCAAACCUUUAAGAAUUUUAAGGUAUUAACUGAAAACGUAAAAGAGAUAAAGAUAAAGUGCUUGAGGACAGAUCAUGGGAGUAAAUUUGUUUUAGAAGAAUUUCAUGAAGUUUUGUGAUGAGUAAAGUAUUAGAAGGCAGCUGAUGACUCCUUAUUCACCACAAUAGAAUGGGGUUGUAGAAAGAAAAAAUAAGAAUAUCAUGUCCAUGAUUAGAAGCAUGAUGAAGGAAAAAAACAUGUCAUUGGAGUUAUGGGGAGAAGUAGUGAACACAUGUGUUUAUAUUUUGAACAGGUCAACCACAAGAAGCUUGCAAGGUGCACAUCCAUAUGAAAAAUGGAUUAAUAACAUGCCUUGUGUUGACCGUUUGAAGGUAUUUUGUUCUAUUGUUCAUGUUAAACUACUGGAGAGAGAUUGGAAAAGUUAGAAGACAAAUGCUGACCUAUGAUUUUUAUUGGCUAUGAAACUUACAUCAAAGGCUAUAGGUGCCUUGAUCCUCUAACCAUGAAAGUUCAUAAUAAUAGGGAUGUGAUCUUUGAAGAAGGGCACAAAUGGGAAUGA